CUACUAAUUCCUUGCCAAAUUUGAAUGCACGCGGAUUAUAUAUAUUAAUACUACUAAUUCCUUGCCAACUUUGGAUACACGCCGAUUAUAUAUAUUAAUACACACACCACACACUACACAAAUACGCCUCUGCUUUAGCAGUAGUUUCCAACCAGAGGCAGGCACCUCGAGAGGCGGGUGAACAUGGAGGGCGAUAAGAAGGCGGGCGCCGUGGCAGAGAAGAAGGCGGCGGCGGCGGAUCAGAGCAAGGAGGUGGCCGCUGGUGAUGUGAGCCUGAAGGAGCUGUCCAGGAGGCUCAACGACUUCGCCAAGGAGAGGGACUGGGAGCAGUACCAUAGCCCCCGGAACCUGCUGCUCGCCAUGAUCGCUGAGGUCGGGGAGCUGUCAGAGCUGUUCAUGUGGAAAGGGGAGGUGCGCAAGGGCCUCGCGGACUGGGACGAGGCGGAGAAGGAGCACCUCGGCGAGGAGCUCUCCGACGUGCUGCUCUACCUGGUCCGCCUCUCCGACAUGUGCGGCGUCGACCUCGGCGACGCCGCCCUCAGGAAGAUCGUCAAGAACGCCGUCAAGUACCCGGCGCCGUCCAAGGAACAAGGCGCCUGAUGAUGACGAACAAUACCACCUGUGAUGCUUUCUUUGAUGCUUUUGGGAUAGCUGGUGCCUGGUAGAACCAGGCAGCGAGAUAUAUGAACUGAUUCUUGGACCCUUCACCCCCCUCCCCCCCCCUCCCCCCCCCCCCCCCCCCCUUUUUUUUUUGCGGUGCAUGCAGCAUGCUCGAAGGUUAAUAAUUGAUACAAUUAUUGCUCGGCUGAUAGCUUUUUUUUUUUGCCUUUUGAAAUGGAGUCGAUCGGAUUAUCGGAGAGCUUUUCUGUUGACCUUGUUAUGUCCAAAACCGAAUCUAGCUAUAACUGAGCAGAGCAAAACAACUGAGCUAGUGCUGCACGGAAGACGUGCCGACGAUUGCCAAUACACCCACUGCCGCUGCCUGAUGGUGAUGGGGUGCCGGAAUGGGAACUGUAGCGGCAACUCCCAGCAUUUUUUUUGUGUCAGACAAGUUCUUGUUAAGAAUAGUGGAGAGGAACAGGGCAAAGCUCGUUUCCUUGGCGGGUUUUAAGGUCUUUUUGUUCGUGGCUAAACUACGACGUUAUACUUUGUUUAAAGUUAGUUGUCAGAAUUAAAGAAUUAGCCUUAGAGCAUCUCCAAGAGACUAUUUUUUUACUCUA